UUGCUCUCUCCCCCAAUUUUAAAAAUAUACUCCCAUCCGUGACUCUCUCUCUUCUCUUCUCUUCUCUUCUCUUCUCCACAAUCCAUUCCUCCCCAAAAUUGAGGAUCGGCGAAACCCAAGCUCCACCGCCGCCGCAAUUUCCCGUCACCAUCGCCGACCACCACCGUGUCGGACGCCUCUUCAGAAAAUAUGGGAGGGUCGACAGAGUGGAUAUGAAAUCAGGGAAGAGGUUGAUUCAGGAGGGGAAUGAUGUACCUCUUCAUUGCCACUGAAGAUAUAACCACCCGUCGACCAGUAGCUAAGGGCCCCCCUCUUUUUUUGCACUCUUUCUCCUUCAUCUUUCUUCUUCUCACCCUUCUCUCUCUUUUUGCAGAUUCAAUGUUGCUUUUUAAUUGUUCCAAAGCUUAGUUGGUUUUAUUGGACCAAUUUUUUUCCAAUGUUGCCAUUUUUUAAAUGACCAAAAAGGUAAACAAAAUAGCUCUGCAUUUUCCCGUAAAAGUGUCAUUUCGGCACUUUAGAUUAGUAUAGAUUGCAUCUUUUCCGCAAUAAAUUAAACAAUCAAAACAUACACAAAUUCACACUUGACCCCCAAAUCCAAAACCCUCGUCCGCCACCGCGACCGCAACCCCUCCGCUCCGGCGACUGCAGCCACCAUCACAAAUCCGUUCGACCAAAUCACAGCUCAUAAUAUACUGAAACAAGUUUUAGCUCUCAAAGCAGUGAGCAUCCUAUCGAUGAAAAUAAUUGAGGCCAGCGCCGGCGCUCUCACUAAUUUUGAAUUGCUUGACCUCUUGAGAUCAAGAGGUGCUGGAAAGGAUGCCUCUCGAGCUAUUGCAACCGUAUCUCAAUCUGAGUUCAAGGUUUUUGAUUAUUUAGAGGGGACGGUUGCUUGCAAUCAAACAAGGGAAAUUAUCGAUAACUUUGUUGCUGAGUGCCAAAAAUUUGACCUUGCAAAGGCAGAGAUUCUUAAUAUUGUGAAUAUAAGACCAAGAAAUGAACCUGAGCUUUUCCCGCUCAUCGAGGAGUGCGAGUCGCGUAUGGAAGAUAAGGCUGAAGAGCUUGUAGAGACCAUCACAAGGAUUUUGCCACCUCAUCCGUCUCAGGUGGAUGAAGCAAAUGAGGAAGCUGCUGAGGGGGAAGAAGAAGAGACCGAGCCUGAACAGGCUGCUGAAGGGGAAGGGGAUGGGGAAGGGCAAGAAGAAGAAGAAGAGACCGAGCCUUAACCAUACUACUUCUUUUACUACCUCUGCUUAAUUUCUUUAGAGCAUUAGCCAUGAAUUCUAGUUAGUGUAAGAAGGAAGAUGAUAGUGUGAAAUUUUGCAAAGUGACUAAUCAAAUUAACAACUGAACUCUCAAGAGCCAAUUACUACAGCAAUGUCAAGUUAUUAUUUUUUUGUGCUUUUGUAAA